UCUUUUAUCUUUUUUUUUAUUUCUUUCUUUUCCUGUUUUCUGUUACCAAUGGAUAUUAAAAAUCUCUUUAGCGUUAAAGACAAAGUCGUUUUGGUUACUGGUGGAUCGCGCGGGAUUGGCGAGAUGAUCGCCACUGGUUUUGUCGCUGCAGGCGCCAAUGUUUACAUUACCAGUCGCUCGGCCGAUGUAUGCGAAAAGGUUGCCAAGCAAUUGACCGAAAAGGGACCUGGUCGAUGCGUUGCUCUUCCUGCCGACUUGCAGAAAUUGGACGAAGUCCACCGUCUGGUUGCCGAAUUGAGCAAACGUGAAAAGCAUCUGGAUGUGCUUGUGAAUAAUGCCGGUGCCAAUUGGAAUGAAAGUUUUCAUGAUUAUCCUGAUGCUGCAUUUGAGAAAGUGCUCAAUCUCAAUUUGAAGCGCAUCUUUUCUUUGACACAAGCAUGCUUACCUUUGUUAACUGCCAAAGCGAGUGUGUCCGACCCAUCCUCGGUGAUUAAUAUUGGUUCUAUUGAUGGUAUUCGCCCUCCCCCACAAGAGACAUAUGCUUAUGCGGCUUCCAAAGGUGGACUUCAUCAUUUGUCGCGUCAUUUGGCGGGUAAACUGGGUGAUCAGGGUGUGCUGGUGAAUACUAUUGCACCUGGAGCUUUCCCAUCCAAGAUGAUGAAGGCCACCCUGGAUAAUUUUGGUGACAUUAUUAUCAGCAAAAUCCCUGUUGGCCGCAUCGGCACACCUGAGGAUAUCGCCGGUACCUGCAUCUACCUGGCUUCUCGUGCAGGUCACUAUACCAAUGGAGCCACUAUUACUGUAGACGGAGGCGCCUUGAUAUCGAACUUAUAAAUCCCUUUCCUCUCCCCCUUUUGUACCCUUUUUUCUUCACUUUGACCAAUACUUUAUAGCCUUUUCUUUUUGUAUUGCACUAUCCUAUGAAAAAAAAAAUCAUGUUUUUAACUAGAGAUGAGAAUAACAGGAGGUGUACAAAAUGUGCGCGCCAAAAC